CUAAGUGCCGUACUUUCACUCUCCUGCUUCUCCCUUAAUGCACCAUGUCUCUAUAUUUCUUUUUUGCUUUCCAAAAUCCAUUUCAUCUCCACCCUCCAAGCCUCUUAUCUCCUAUUCACUCCUGCUUGCUUUGGUCUGUACUUCUUGUGAGUUGGUAACACUUGUUGGAAGUCAUUUGCUACUUCUAUCUACUGUGCUAUAAACCAAUUUUGCAAAGUCCUUUUUGCUUUUUGCUCCUUUCUGCCCCUCUUGCCCAUAUUCCUUGCCUUGAUCUCUCAAACGAAGCUCAACAUUCGGUUCCAAGCAUGCCUUACAGCAUUCACUGCACUACAACCAGCAAGAAGUCAAUUUCUACUGUCUUCAAACUAAGGAGGAGCUGGGAGGCGAUAAACUGUGCACAACCCUUCUUGGGAAAUGACCCUAUAUCACUCCCCGAUGAAGGGUCACUGCAUCAAGCCUCAGGACUAGAGACCCUAGAGGGGUAUUCCAGCGAUCUAUCCGAGACUGAGUCAAUGCACUCUGAAGACUCUACCGAGCUGGAAAUCCAAAAGCCAAGGGAUGGCUCCCCCACUUAUAUCGUGAGUCAUCCUUGGGAGGUCGUGGAUUACCAUCUGUACCUUUGCUCCGUGGAAGGGGGGAAAGAUACACAUACAAGGCGCAAUGGGAUGCUUGUGUAUGAUGGCAUUGAUUGUCGUCCUGUGUACUACAGUGAGCUUUUGGAAGGUGGUUUUGAGCGAUGCAAUAUUGGAGAAAUACCUCGGUUCCUAUUUUGGGACUUGCCCAUUGCCGACUUAGGUCCUUCCUUCAAUGGCAGGCACUAUGUCCUGGGAUUUGACUACAACAGCAGAACCCUAUUUGCUCGCCAUUUUGAUUGGAUCCCUGACAAGACUGAUGAUCUCUGGUGUGUGUGGGACCUUGGGUUCACCAUGUAUAGUGUCACCAUUCCGGACCUCGUCAUCCUUCUGGACUCCGGCCUCUCGGAGGAUAUGCACGUUGGUCUGGGUCUCCUUAGUUCAAGUCCCUAUUGCAUAGCUAUGGGGUCAAAUGAUGAUCCAGGGAUGGAGAUUGUCAUUACCAUUCUCUUUUGCCAGUGGAUCUUGGAUUUUGCCGAAGCCUUUUUCGAGCAGGAUGUGAAUACUUUGGAUAUAUUCAAGAGGCGGAUCGCCCACUACAUGGAAGAGUGCCGUGUCAUUCUAGCACGAGCUUCGUACAGAGCAUGGUUCGCUUUACGGGACGGCUAUAGAAAGGCGGCAUGCCAGCGGAACUCGUUUAUCGACAAGUUUACUAGCGACCUUUUCACUUUUAGUAAGUCCAUAGAGAGUGGCAGCUUGAAGAAUCAGUCUUGGCGUGCACCAAGCUUGGAGACUUGCAACUUGCUUCGCCAUAAGGACCGAGUUCAGAGAAGGGCGAAGACGGAGCAACGACUUGAAAGUCUCUUCACCAUUCCAGACAAUUACACCCCUCCAGGAAGACCCCAGGAAGUCCUGGAGAGGAUGGUAAUCAAGACGAAAGAGAGCCUAGCUGCGUUUCGCCCUGCUGAAACUCACAGAACUCGACCUUCGUGUCAAUAUGAGUCCUUCCCUCUACACCCUUGGAGCUCAAUGUCCUCCAAAACUCUCAAAUUCAAGGAUGAAGAGCUUGAAGUGACGGAACACCACGGAAUCCCACUUUCUCUCCUAUUGAAGCGCAUCAUGGAUCUCAUUGAGACCCGGCCAGAGUUGGACUCCCCCGAGAAUCGUGCUUGUUUUGGAGAGCUGCUUAAUGAACUCGGACUUGGCGUCAAACAAAGAUCCAUGGACGAUCCUUCAGUCCCUCCCAAAUUAGGGUCUGGAAAUGACAGUCUGAAGUUAGAAGUAUACUCGAUGAUACAGCCAAAGGCGCUGCUCACCCAUCAUCUACGUUCCAGAUUGGCUCUUGACUAGGUUACUUGAUAUCACACCCCAUCAUGAUUGUUAUUCUAAACUUUGUUAGAGUAUGGUGGGUUUCGAGCCCCUUUCCAUCUUCGUUCCGUUGCUUUUCUCAACCACGAGGAAAAGCAAAAAAAAUAAAAUAAAAUAAAAUUUUUACAAAAAAAGAAAAAGGGAAAGGGAAAA